AUCGAGAUAAUAUCCUUUGCCCUUCGUUUAUUGAGUUGGGUGGGUUGCUUUGCUUCGCCGCCUCCUUCAAUGGCCGUAUCCUCCGCCUUCUGCCCCUCUUCGAUCGCCUCGGUCGUGGCAUCCGCAGGGGACCGCGGAUCGGCCGACUCCGGCGCACGCUCUAGAUUCGAAAAGCCGGCAACCGCCUCCUUCCUGCGUGGCAGCAGAUCUCCACGCGUCUCCGGCCUGUCGUCCGCCCUGAUCUUGCGGUUUCCUCCCAAUUUUGUGCGCCAGUUGAGCACCAAGGCUCGACGGAACUGCAGCAACAUUGGCGUCGCGCAGAUCGUGGCGGCUUCGUGGUCGAAUGGUUCGCCGUCGUUCGAUGCCCCUCGGUCCGCGUUCUCCGCUGACGCCGUUGUGGUCCCUGAGGCCGAGGGUGAGAACUCCAACGUCGUUGGCGAUGGGGGACUCGGAAGUAGUUUUGUAGAGUCGCAGAUUCUGGCGCCAGGGAAACCGAAGGUCGCCCCUGCCGCCGCAAAGGUUGCAGCGUCGUUUAGCUCCGAUGGAAGUCUUGCGGUUCAUGCUGGUGAGAGGUAUGGACGCGGUAUAACCACAGAUGGAAUUACCACCCCGAUUGUUAAUACGUCUGCUUACUGGUUCAACAACUCAGAUGAGCUGAUUGAUUUUAAGGAAAAGAGGCAUGCUAGUUUUGAGUAUGGCAGGUACGGAAAUCCCACUACUCAGGCGUUGGAGGAGAAGAUGAGCGCCCUGGAAGUGGCUGAAUCCACUUUGUUUGUGUCAUCUGGCAUGUAUGCUAGUGUCGCUUUGUUUUCUGCUCUUGUUCCUGCUGGUGGGCAUAUUGUGAUCACUACUGACUGUUAUAGAAAGACCAGAAUCUUCAUUCAGAAUGAACUUCCUAAAAUGGGAAUUUCGGUCACUGUUAUUGAUCCUGCAGAUGUUGAUUCCCUGAAAAGUGCACUGGAUCAAAAUAAUGUAUCUCUUUUCUUUUCAGAAUCUCCAACGAAUCCGUUCCUCCGAUGUGUUGAUAUUGAAUUGGUUUCACAACUUUGCCACAACAAAGGAGCCUUGGUUUGCAUUGAUAGUACCUUUGCUUCACCAAUCAAUCAGAAGGCAUUAAACUUGGGUGCUGAUCUAGUUUUGCAUUCUGCUACAAAAUUUAUAGCUGGUCAUAAUGAUGUUCUUGGUGGUUGCAUCAGUGGUUCAGAAGAACUUAUCUCCCAAAUUCGUCUGUAUCAUCAUGUUAUUGGUGGUGUUCUCAAUCCUAAUGCCGCAUAUCUGAUUCUUCGGGGCAUGAAGACGCUGCAUCUUCGUGUAGAUAACCAGAAUAAGACAGCACUUAGGAUGGCCCAAUUUUUAGAGGAACAUCCCAAGAUAAUCCGAGUCUAUUAUCCAGGCUUGCUGAGUCAUCCAGAACAUCACAUUGCCAAGCGUCAAAUGACUGGUUUUGGUGGUGUCGUCAGUUUUGAGGUGGCUGGUGAUCUGGAGACAACUAAGAAGUUUGUUGAUUCUUUAAAAGUACCAUAUCUCGCCCCUUCAUUUGGAGGUUGUGAGAGUAUAGUAGACCAGCCUGCCAUCAUGUCCUACUGGGACAUCAGUGGACCAGAAAGGGUAUCCAAGUAUGGAAUCAAGGACAACCUAGUCAGAUUCAGUUUUGGCAUUGAAGGUUUCGAGGAUCUGAAGGCUGAUAUUCAUCAGGCAUUGGAAAAACUUUAAUUAGCUUGUGUACACUGCGUUGUGAACCUGAUGAAACCAUUGUGUGCUAUUUUUAUUUGUAGCCGGAUUUUCUUUGCCUUGUUUAAUGACCAUGUUGAAUUGUUGGUUUUGUAUUGCAUCUGUGAUAGCGUUUUUUCUUC